AUGAUCCGUUUGUGGUUUUGUGUUUUCGCGGUGAUUUUGGACGCCUUCGUCAGUGGACAGUCGCCGUGUCCGGACAUUUUUAAUUACCAAACGGACAAUUCGGGGGUCUACGGAACUAUACUGUUGCAGCCUUUUGGAACUGUGACGUCAGUGACUAUAAAGGCGAAUUUCACUAUAGCCGCGCGACUGCAAUCUAACUACGUCGGCAGCAUCUCGCAUAACGGAAAAGAGCUCAACGUACUCCAGGACUUCAAUCGAGGCGUCCCCAUUCAAUACCGCGUCAAUUUUCCUGUUACCUCCCCAUUACCUCGGCUCACCGGACUUUCGGCGAACGAUAUACCGUUAUGCUAUGGAUCUGGUGAUGUGCCCGCCCCGGGUCAAUAUGUUACAACAAUAAGUCUACAACACUCGUUAUUCAUGCGAAAUGGAUUUAAUGGAGUUUAUAACCCACCUACGACCAACUUUAACCCAGGCGGACAACAAAACAUAGACAGGUUCACUCGACCGCCUCCACCGAUCCAACGACCAGAUUAUGAAGUGUACCAGGUAGAAGCACGCCCCAAACCAGUACAGCGUCCGGUAGUUCAAACAGUACAACCCCGACCUACACGACCCCCAUACCGGGAGCCAGAAUACGAGGACAUCAAUCAAAACCAGUAUCCAAACGAAAAUUAUAAUACUCCACCGCCAAGACCCGUAAUACCAAUACGUACGACCACGACAACACAAAGACCAAGGCCGACUCCGGCACCAGCACCAUUAAACCGGGACCAGUCUAACGAAUGCGGCGUAGUGUCAGAUAGUGUGCCCUUAAUCUUCCAAGGAAGCAGCUAUCAGAGGGGCGAGUGGCCGUGGCUGGUCGCCAUUUACAAGAAGAAAUCAAGUAGCUUGUCCUAUAUAUGUUCUGGUACUCUGAUUUCAGACCAACAUGUAAUUACAGCGGCGCACUGCAUGAAAGGCAAGACAACACUUACUUCAAAGACGGAUAUUAUAGUAAAAGUUGGUGUUUUCAACUUGGAAGAUGAUUGGGGCGACGAUAUAACUGUAACAAGAAAGCUAAGCAGUGCAUUCAUACAUGAAUCGUAUAAUGCGUCUAAUCUCGCAAAUGAUAUCCUAGUGAUGACUUUGGAGCGAUCUGUGAACUUCAAUUCGAAUAUUAAACCAGCCUGCCUUUGGAGUGGUAACACCGAGCUUAGUCGGAUAGUUGGCACCACAGGAGUGGUGGCUGGUUGGGGAGCUAGUGAAACAGGACCAGGGGGUUCUGGCGAGCCACGAAUGGUCCGAAUGCCGGUAGUUAGUACAAAAGAGUGCCGUGCGAGCAAACCGGAGUUCCAUAGACUUACUUCCCAUAAGACACUUUGUGCAGGUGACAAAAAUGGAUCAGGCCCUUGUUUAGGGGACUCGGGAGGAGGUCUUUACAUUCUAGACAAUGGCAGGUGGAGGCUCCGCGGCGUAGUCUCAUUGUCUUUAUUAGCACAAAAUGGAGAUUACACGUGUAAUCUGAAUGAAUACGUAGUUUUUACUGAUACCGCCCAAUACCUUCAAUGGAUUAAGGAUAAAAUGUCAAUAUAG